AUGUCCAUGCAGAGCAUCCUCGCCCUGAAACCUGAAGUCCUGAGCCUGCCACCUGGGACUUCAGAGUCCCUGAGCUACCAGCGGCGCCACACGCUCCCUGCCAGUGAAUUCCGCUGCCUCACCCCGGAGGAUGCUGUCAGCGUGUUUGAGAUUGAGCGUGAAGCCUUUAUCUCUGUCUCGGGCAUCUGCCCCCUGUACCCGGAUGAGAUUCGACACUUCCUGACUUUGUGUCCCGAGCUGUCCCUGGGCUGGUUCGAGGAAGGCCGCCUUGUGGCCUUCAUCAUUGGUUCCCUUUGGGACAAGGAGAGACUCACUCAGGAGUCGCUGACACUGCACAGGCCCGGGGGCCGCUUGGCCCACCUGCACGUGCUGGCUGUGCACCGCACCUUCCGGCAGCAGGGCAAGGGCUCUGUCCUGCUGUGGCGUUACUUGCAGCACCUGGGCAGCCAACCGGCUGUGCGACGGGCCGUGCUCAUGUGUGAGCAUGCGCUAGUGCCCUUCUAUGAGAAGUCUGGCUUCCAGGCUGUGGGCCCGUGUGCUGUCACCGUGGGCUCCCUCACCUUCAUGGAGCUCCAGUGCUCGCUGCGCAGCCACAUCUUUCUGCGUAGGAACAGUGGCUGCUGA